UUAUCUUUUCUUUCUUUCUUUCUCUUUCUUUAUUGAAAAUGGCUGUGCCAAUGUCAAACUAUGUUUGGUUGAUUAGCGGGUUCUUUAUGGGCAUGUUCUUCAUGUACAACAUUAUUCCUAUGCGAAUGAACCAACAUCACACUCGCCAUUUGCAACCAAGACAGUCUGUCAAUAAUGUCCUUCAAUUUGGCAACCCAGGCCCUGUCGUUGAUUUAUUAGAAAGAACUGCAUACACAGCUUCUUAUAACCGUAAGGAUCGUAUUCCUUACUGGGUUGGUGAACACCUCACGAAAGACGGUCUCCAAAAAGGUUCUGGUGUUGACCGUGACAAUUCUAAUUUCAAGCCUGAUACUUCUUUACCUACCAUGUUCCAAGUGGUUACUACUGACUAUACUAACAGUGGCUAUGAUCGUGGUCAUAUGGCUCCUGCAGGUGACGCUGUUGCUACUCAAUCCGGCAUGGACGAAACUUUCUUGCUCUCGAACAUUGCACCUCAAGUAGGCGAAGGCUUUAAUAGACAAUACUGGGCUUAUUUAGAAGCAUUCUGUCGUGACUUGACAAACAGCUACAAUGAUGUCUAUGUCUACACAGGUCCCUUAUUCUUGCCUCAAUCAACGACAAGCACUAAUGCUGCAUUUGCACUUGCUAAUCUUCAAAUCAAUAACCAAGGCGAAAUCAUAAGUAACGUUACCUCAAGCAAAAAGAGAGCUACCAAACAAAACUACAAGAUGGAAUAUACUGUCAUUGGUGCUAAUAGUCCUACUGUUGCUGUUCCUACUCAUUUCUAUAAGAUUAUUUUAAUCCCUCAAGGCAGUAGUUAUAUUGCAGGUGCCUUUGUAUUGCCCAAUCAAUCCAUUACUAAAUCAACUCCUUUGACUCAAUUCCAAGUUCAAAUUGAUGCUAUUGAAAAGUCAUCUGGCUUACAGUUCUUUUCUAAACUUGAUAGAUCCAAGUUUUCUGACUUGUGUAAAGCAGUUCAAUGUACUGUUUAAAUAAAAAUGAGCAAUCACGUACUAUUUAAACGCGCUUA